UACAUCAAGUCCCUAAUGACAUCCAUUUAAGGCCACUGCAGUGGUCAUCUCUCUCUCACACGCAGUGCUUGGUUUGAUAAAUGCGAUUCGUUGUGUUUCAUUCAUCAUCAUCAUCAUCAUGUGCCAGUGUUUUGUUCCUCCCCUCCCAUCUGUGGGGUGUAACUCUUGCGAUCCUCGAGUCCUCGUCAUGUUAGUCAGAGGAAUGGUUGCCUGACGAGCAUCACUGAACCCUGGGAUCCGGGAACCAAGAGGAGCUCCAAAUAAAAUAUGAAAGCACACACCUCUACGCAACCACCAUCCAUCGUCAUGAGCAUGCAUAUGUGGAUAUUGGCCAUAUUGUCCUCCGCCACAUUUUUCACCUUAAUUGAGAUGUUCGACAAUUACGGGGAUAUAUGUAGAAGCCUGUGUCUCUGCGAAGAAAGAGACGGGAUUUUUACAGCCAGCUGUGAAAACAGAGGAAUCGACAAUCUGUCCGAGUUAACGCCUUUACACUUCACUGCAUAUCAUCUUCUGCUCACAGGGAAUCUGUUAAAGAAAGUCUCGCUCAACGAUUUCCUUCAUUACGAAGGACUCGCCAUUUUACACCUGGGAAACAACGAUAUAUCAGAAAUCGAAGGCGGCGCAUUUAACGGACUCCAGGGAUUAAAGCGACUGCAUCUAAACAAUAACAAACUCGAGGUGUUAAAGGACGACACGUUCCUCGGACUCGAAAGCUUGGAGUACCUACAGAUUGAUUAUAAUUAUAUAAACCACGUUGAAACGAAAGCCCUGAGCGAUUUACGUCACUUAGAGGUGAUCAUUCUCAAUGACAAUUUGCUAUCCGCUCUUCCACACAACAUCUUUAAAUAUGUUUCUUUAACUCAUCUCGACCUGAGAGGCAAUCAACUCAAAGUGCUUCCCAAUAUCGGCCUCCUGGAGCACUUGGGUCACAUUGUGGAGGUACAGCUUGAAGAAAACCCGUGGGAUUGUUCUUGCGAAUUAAUUGCGCUAAGAGCAUGGCUUGAAAGCAUAUCCUACACGGCUUUAGUCGGAGAUGUGGUUUGCGAGACUCCCUUCCGAUUGCACGGACGAGACCUCGACGAAAUCUCAAAGCAAGAGCUGUGUCCCAUCGGAGAACACGAAAUGCGCGCAGAACCGGCUCUCAGCAGCGAGAUACUCUACAAAACCACGUCAGCGGGAUUUGCGUCCUCGACUAUCCUGCGUGCCACAAAAAGCAGCCGCUUGUCGGGAAAACUUCGCGUUAAACCCACUUCGCGCUCGUCUUCGAGCAAGCCGCCGAAUUACGGGCCAACGUUGGCCUACCAAACCAAAUCUCCGGUUACUCUAGACUGUCCCAACUCAUGCACAUGCAAUCUCCAAAUCUCAGACCUCGGGUUGAACGUCAACUGCCAAGAGCGGAAAAUCGAAAGCAUCUCGGAUCUCAAGCCGUACAAUCCCAAAAAGAUGUAUCUAACCGGAAACUACAUCUCUUCGCUGAGCAGUUCUGACUUCAGUGGCGCAACCGGAUUGGAUUUGCUCCAUUUAGGCAACAACCGAAUAGCCGUCAUUCACGAUAAAACAUUCGGCCAGCUCAUACAUUUAAGAAGGCUGUACUUAAACGGCAACUUAAUCGAGCGGCUCACCGAGGAUAUGUUCUACGGUUUACAAAGCUUGCAGUUUUUGUAUUUGGAGUAUAACGCUAUCCGAGAGAUCGAGGUUGGCGUAUUCCAGCAGGUUCCCAAUCUUCAAUUACUGUUUCUCAACAACAACCUCCUCACGACUCUUCCACGGGGCGUCUUUGACGGAUUAAGACUAGCUCGAUUGAAUCUGCGCGGAAACCACUUACGAACUCUUCCGGUCGGCGGCGUCCUCGAAGACCUUUCGUCGCUGGUGCAGAUCGAUCUCUUCGAGAACCCUUGGGAUUGCUCGUGCCUCGCGGCGGAGAUGAAAAACUGGUUGGAGCAGCUAAGCACUGGUACUGUUGUGAACAGCGUCGUUUGCGAAUCUCCGUUGAGUCUCUCGGGAGACGAUUUGCGGUACGUUCACGCGUCUCAUCUCUGCCCGGAAAGCUCAAACGCGCAAUCUUCCGUCGUGCCGCCUUCGGAGGAAUCCUUUCCUGGUAGCACCAUCACUUUAGAAACGGCUUUGGAUUAUGAUACGCAGUAUCCCGCGGUCCCCCUUUCCGUUCUUAUACUCGCCUUGCUGAUACUUUUUAUAUUAUCCGUGUUCGUCGCCGCUGGGUUGUUUGCGGUCAUAAUGAAGCGGCGUAAAAAGUCUGAACGCCUGGCUUCGGUUACCGCCAAUGCGAGCUCUUUCAAUGCAAUCUACACCGAUGGAGCGAAGUCUAGAUCGUCGGCGGGAAACGUCUACGAGUACAUCCCAUCCGCACGAGACAGUUGUACGAAAAACGGCUUGUAUUGUGAGGGAAGCGCGAUUGAGAGUUACAGAGACUUCGAAGAACUCAAUAAAGUUCUGGCAUCCAACUCGGAUGGAGACGUCGGGAGCAAUGCGAUUAGCUCCGAGUUCAGCGCUGGCUCUCCAGACGCGCUCAAUAGACACUCUCCUCUCUUGGACGACAACUACUUUUACCGAGAUAUCUUGGCUAGGGGUAAUGUAGCAUGUAAGCAUGGCACACAUCCAUUAGCUCACUGCACGCCAGACUUUGAUGUGAGACAUCAAUACUUGAAUCCAGGAAGGGUACAGCAGACCAGGUUUUAUUGCUCGACGCCAAACACCAUCUAUAUAGAGCCUAGCAGAAGCGAAUACUGGGAACUGAAAGCCAAGCUACAUUUCGAACCGGACUAUUUAGAGGUUCAUGAGAAAAGGACGACCUUGACACAGUUCUGAAACAUGCAUUUUUCAUAUUUUUAGUUUUUAAAGAUUUUAUCUGAGAGAUUUUAGGGUGAAUCUCACUACAAUAUGACUGCAGCUCAAAAUUCAAAAUAUUUUUUUUUUUAUAAAAUAUUUUAUAUUCAUAAACGUGUAUUUUAUUUCUAUUUUGCAUAGAGAAAAUGAAGCCAUAUUUAUUACUAUUAUUUAAAAAAUAUAUAUUUUAUUUUAUUUGGCAUUGCACUGUUAAAAACUGGAUAAUGUCAAGACAUUAUGCAUGAAUUUUACUGACAUUUCUGUUAACCCUAAAACACAAUACAAUUCAAAAUACAGUUUUUUUAUAAAUAUAUCAAUACAGUACAUCGUCCACUUUAUUUUUAAAGGAAAUUAAGCACAUUUUGUGAGGAAAUUGUUAUUUAAAUUAUAUUGUAUUUAUACAUUAUAGCAUACAUUUCCAUAGUAUAA